GAAGAAUAAGAACAACAAGGUUCAGAUAUUAUGGCGUCUAGAGUCUCACCUCAACGUGGAAUCAAAGGGUUUGGCGAAAUCAAACCGAAGAAUAUUGCGGGACAUGGAAUACAAAAGCGAAAAGUUCUUGGAGACAUUGGGAAUCUUGUCACUGGUCGUGAUGUUGUAACCGGAAAGGAUGUUGCGAAGAAGGCGGCACAGCAGCAGCGGACAAAAGCAGAGAUGCCAGAGACACUUUACCUCACCAUUAACCUCGUUGAUCGACUUCUAUCUUUGACAAUGGUUCCUAGAAGAGAGCUUCAGCUGUUGGGACUAGGCGCUAUGCUAAUAGCUUGCAAGUAUGAAGAGAUUUGGGCUCCUGAGGUUAAUGAUUUUGUCUAUCAGACAAUGCCUAUAUCAGAAAACAGGGAGCAUGCGAAAAUGCUGAUGAAGUUAAGGGACUCGGCUUCAGAGAGUACGCUAAGCGCAGUGUUCAAGAAAUACUCUGUCUCAGAAAAUGCUGAAGUUGCUCUUCUUCCUUCGCUGGACAACUUAUCAGUUUCUUGUGCAUGAAGAAACAAAACCCUAGUCUUCUUUUGUUGAUCAUCUAGCUGUGAUGAUCUCUCUUUGUGUUCUUCCAUUUUUCUGUUUGGUUUUACAUUAUCCAUCAAAGAUAGUGAUGUUGAAUAUGGACAAGUGUUUUAGUGUGGUUUCCAUUUAUCUUCAGUUUUCUCUUGGAUUCCUUUAGUUGCGUUUAAAUUUUUUUUACCUGAUAUAGCUAUUCUUUUUGUCACAUAUAUCUUAUAAUAAUUAAAAUACUUCAGC